AUGGACACUCCACAAACACAGGAGGAAGCAGGGUCCCGACCAACGAAACGGAAGAGAGUCGCAUUGGCAUGUGACACGUGCCGGGAGCGAAAGAUCAAGUGCGAUGGAUCCAAGCCUGUCUGUAACCCCUGCAGGAAGAGAGGCGAACCGGCUGCGCGAUGCGUCUACACUGUCAUCGCUGGCACGGCGAAGCAGCUCAGCGAGCAAGAGUACAUUACAUCUCUGCAGAAACAGGUGCAGGAUAUGCAAUUGGUGAUCGACCAGCUCCGCCAAGAUGCACAAGCAGCACAAGUCACACCCAAGAGCCCCAGAGACAGAGAGAGACCCUCGGGCAGUAUCCAUGCGGCGGCGGCUGCAGGCGGUCCAAGUCCCGUGAGCACAAUGGGCGCUACGACUCUCACCAUGAACCCUCAAGAGGAUGAAUUCUUCGGCCAAUCUUCGGUCCACUCUCUUCUCCGAGAGGUUCCCCAUGCCAACCGCCGUCACCGGCCAACGGCCCCACUGCGGAACCGGGACCAGAGCUCCGCGACGUCGUCGUCACUGCUCACGGCCGAGUUUGCUUUACCACCGAGACAGAUAGCAGACAAGUUUCUGAAUCUGUACUUUGAUAGUGUGCAUAUCUUUUAUCCGUGGACGCACUCAACCUGGUUCAGGAAACGGUACGAGGCGCUAUGGACGUCGACGGGCUACUCGGGGAUCGAGACGGGCGAGGCCGGCGAUAUUGGCGUGGGGGGUGACCAGUGCCCUGAAGCUUCCUUCUUCUGCGUUCUGAAUACCAUGUUUGCUUUGGGCUGUGAAUUUUCAGAUCUGCCGGAGAAGGAGUCGGUCUCGGCGAUGUUCAGCUCAAGGAUGAGGAGUUUGUUACAGAUGGACAUUCUUGACAAAGGGGACUUGUCGCAUGUGCAGGCGCUGCUGCUGGCGGGACACUAUGCGCUUUCGAGCGAGUAUCCGAUUCGGUGCUAUAAUAUCAUCGGCCUUGCUUGUCGGAUCGCUGUUGGGCUGGGGUUGCAUACGGAGAGACAUGCUGAUCAGCGAUCUGUCAUGGAGAAUGAAGUGCGGCGGAGAGUCUGGUAUGGAUGUCUACAGAUGGAGAUGACAGUCUGCAUGACGUUGGGAAGACCGCCUGUCCUGCAAAUGACAGACGACGUCCUCGUCCCCGCCGCAGUCGACGACGAAUUCAUCUGCCCAAACACCACCUCCUGCAUACAACCCGAAGGAAUAGUAUCACAAAACCUCUUCGUCGUAGAAAACAUCCGACUAGCCAAGAUCCUCGGAAAGAUCCUGUCCUCGAUCUACUGGCCAAGUUCAUCCUCCGACUUUAGCGCCCUCGUUCGUCUAGACGGUCUACUAGAAGACUUCAAGACCUCUUUAGUCCCCCAGCUGAAAUGGUGGGACAGCGACAGGGUUCCGACACAAGGCGCGAGGGGGCAUAUUAUAAAACGUCAGAGAAAUGUCCUGCAGGCGAGGUUUCUUCAUCUCAGGAUUCUCUUGUACAGACCAAGUUUCAGUGCCUUCUGCGCUGCUGCGCGGCGCUCACGACAACGACGCGGUACGGGCUCUGGUACGGAUGAGAUCGCUGCUGAGGAAAAUACACUGCAGGGCGCUUUUCAGGCUCAGUGCGCUACUACGUGUGUUCAGGUGGCGUACGAGCUAUCGGCGUCUCUGCUGGCUGCUAGAGAAGUCGAAGCAACGGGUGCAUGGUGGUUCAGUCUAUUCUACCUAAUGACAUGUGGUGGAAUAAUUAUUCUGGGCGAGUGCGCGCACGCUGGAGGGAGUAAGCACUUUAACCAGCAGCAGCUCGACGCGACGUGGGAGAACACCACGGUGCUUCUGCGAGUUCUUGGUAGGGAGAAUGCCCGGGCGAGAGGGUAUCUAGAUCAUUUACUUGUUCUAAAGGAGCAAGCGCGGUCUGCAUAUUUCUCAAUACGCAACUCUGUUGUCCCGUCCCGGGUGGCAUCUCGAAGACCAUCUGUCAGUCUCGAAGGACAACCUGAUGAGAAUGGAGACGAUGUAGUCCCUGUAACCACGGAUGGGCAGGACGAACAGGUCGAUUUCAUGGCAUCUUUGUUUCAGGAUAACUGGGAUUGGAGUCUUGACGGCGGUAUGCCAACAUAUGGUGGUCUUGGAUUUGGAGACGAGUUCAUAUUCCCUCUAUCUAGUUGGCCAGCUUAA